GAGCGAUGGCCAGGGUUCGUCUUUCGGGAAUCCAAGCCUGAGUUACCCCGGGCCCGACUUGCCCCAGAUAACUCAGGCGCCCAGAGCCCCAAAUCAUCAGGGGUCACUCGGGUCAGGGUUGUCUCUGGUCCGUUUGUCGGGAAUCCAAACCCGAGCUGCCCCAGGCCCGAAUUACCCUGGAUAACUCUGGCGCCCAAAGGAACGCCACGUCCCAGGGCAAGGUCGUGCUGCGGGAGAUCCGGUUCCUGGCGCGCCUGCGGCACGAGAACCUGCUGCACCUGCUGGACCUCCCCGCGGUGCCGUCGAGGGGCUUCAAGGACAUGUUCCUGGUGUUGCCGUACUUGCCCACGGACCUCGACAAGGUCAUUCACGACAGGCCCAAUGACCACCUCAGCGACGGGCACGCGAAGUUCAUCGUCUCGCAGAUCCUCCGGGCCGUCGGUCACCUCCACGCUGCCGGAGUAGCGCACCGGGACCUCAAACCGGCGAACGUGUUGCUCUCGGAUGCCUUCAGGGUCAAGGUUUGCGACUUCGGCUUGGCGCGCUGCGGCAUGCAGUUCGACGCAGAGGUGGACAGGCGCGACCAGGCCCCUUCCCGAGGCCGGCGCGGAGGCCACCUCACCGAGCACGUGGUGACGCGGGAAUACCGUGCGCCAGAGGUCAUGCUGCGGCCGAAGAACUACACGCCGGCCAUAGACAUUUGGUCAGUCGGGUGUAUCCUCGGCGAGAUCUUGCUACGCAAGGUGGUGUUCGAGGGCAGGGACAAAGUCGAGCUGAUCUGCAGAAUGGCGGAGGUUCUCGGUACGCCUGUCGAGAGUGAUCUCGGGUGGCUACCACACGACUCUGACGCCUACCGGUUUGUCAAGCUGGUCUGCCCGAUGGUCAAAGGGGCGACGUUGGCCGCUCUGCUGCCAGGCAAACCGAGAGCUAGCAUUGAUCUCAUGCGCGGGCUUCUCCGCUGGCACCCUGGGCAGAGGCUGACCGCUGCUCAGGCGCAGAGGCACGAGUACCUCAAGACCCACUUCAAGCCGCCCCCGCCCAAGCCCGAGCCGUUCGACUGGUCCUUCGACGACUACAAGCCCACGCCGGAGAAGAUCCAGGAGCUGCUCUACAGGGAGUGCGCCAGCUACCACCCCGAGAUGCUGCGGCACGACGCCCCCUCGAAGCUGCAGACGCUUCGGGCCGCGCUGCCCGCCAUGGUCUCGCCCCGCGUGCUCUCGUCCCUGCGGGGCGUGCUGGGCGCCAGGAAGGCCGCGGGGGCGUGAGAGCGGCGCCGGCAGCCCCUCGCCCCCGGGCGCCGAGGGCCGGCGAGUCGAAGAAGAAGAGACGCCAUAAGCAUGCGAACCCUACCCCGCGGGGGUUCGCCACCGGAGGCGGUGCGGAAGUACUGAGACCGCCCCGGGCUAUUCGGGCCUGCUGAGGCCAGCCAGGACCGCCUGGGGGAGUCUUGUGCACGCAUCCCGAAGCCUUCCCUUUUUGUUGUUGCACCUCUCCUGGAGUCCAGUAGGCAAAUCAUCUUUCCGCUGCGAUAGCUUCCACGAUUUUCUCUGCCGAGGCACCCAGGCCUCUCCUGCCGCCUGCUGCCGUUGCAGCCCGUUCUGGGCCAGCUCGGAGGCGGCAUCCGCCUGGCGAGGGGUCUGUGCUAGCACGGUGCCUCGGGAGCUUUUUCCCUUCCUCCUCCUCCUCCUCCCCUUACUCCUCAGCCCCUCCUCAGCCUCGAAAAU